UCAGACUUGGGAAUCCUAGUAAGAAGAAACUGGUUACUCUUGGCUGCUAUCUUUCACAUGGUAACCUGCAGGAGGAGGAGGACUCAUCAGCAGGAAAAUGAAGGGGGUUCUGGUUCUCCUGCUUGCUGUAGGAUUUGGGCAUGCUAUAGAGAGAGGCCGUGAUUAUGAAAAGAAUAAAGUCUGCAAGGAAAUCACUGAUCUGGGAAAAGAUGACUUCAGAUUUUUAUCAAUGGUCCUAUACAGCAGAAAGUUUCCCAGUGGCACAUUUGAACAGGUCAGUCAGCUGGUGAACGAGGUUGUCUCCCUGACUGAAGCCUGCUGUGCUGAGGGAGCUGACCCUGGCUGCUAUGACAAGAGGACCUCAGCAUUGUCUGCCAAGUCCUGUGAAAGUGACUCUCCAUUCCCGGUGCACCCAGGAACCGCUGCAUGCUGCACCUCAGAGGGCCUCGAGAGGAAGCUCUGUAUGGCUACCCUGAAGCACCAGCCACAAGAAUUUCCUACCUAUGUAGAGCCAACAAAUGAUGAAAUCUGUGAAGCAUUCAGGAAAGAUCCCAAGGAAUUUGCUGACCAAUUUAUAUAUGAAUAUACCAUUAAUUAUGGACAAGCUCCUGUAUCACUUUUAGUCAGUUACACCAAAAGUUAUCUCUCUAUGGUAGCAUCCUGCUGUACUUCACCAAGCCCAACUGUAUGCUUUUUAAAAGAGAGACUCCAGAUUAAACAUUUAUCACUUCUCACCACUAUGUCAAAUAGAAUCUGCUCACAAUAUACUGUUUAUGGGAAGGAGAAAUCAAGGCAAAGCCAUCUCAUAAAACUAGCCCAAAAAGUGCCUACUGCUGAUCUGGAGGAUAUUUUGCCACUCGUUGAAGACAUUUCUGAAAUUCUCUCCAAGUGCUGUGGGUCUUCCUCUGAGGACUGCAUGGCCAAGGAGCUACCUGAACAUACAGUAAAAAUCUGUGACAACUUAGCCACAAAGAAUUUUAAGUUUGAAGACUGUUGUCAAGAAAAAACACCCAUGGACGUUUUUGUGUGCACUUACUUCAUGCCAGCUGCCCAACCACCUGAGCUGCCAGCUGUUGAGUUGCCCACAGAUAAAGACAUCUGUGAUAAAGGAAACACCAAAGCUACAGAUCAAUAUACAUUUCAGCUAAGCAGGAGGACUCAUAUCCCAGAAGUAUUCCUCAGUAAAAUACUUGAACCAACCCUAAAAAGCCUUGGUGAAUGCUGUGAUUCCAAAGACUCUGCUUCCUGUUUUAAAACUAAGAACCCUGUACUGCAGAAGAAACUAUCUUCUUUCAUUGAAAAGGGACAAGAACUAUGUGCAGAUUAUUCAGAAAACACAUUUACUGAAUACAAGAAAAAACUGGCAGAACGAUUAAGAGCAAAAUUGUCUGAUGCCACAUCCACUGACCUCACGGAGCUGGUUGACAAGUUCUCAGACUUUGCCUCCAAGUGCUGUUCCAUAAAUUCACCGCCUCUUUAUUGUGACUCAGAGAUUGAUGCUCAAAUGAAAAAUAUUCUGUAGUCAUGAAGCUUGCUUAUUGUCUUAGACCCAAAACUGGAACCACCAGCAGGAAUGACCUUUGUUGGUCUAACCUAAGCAAAACCAUGAGCUUCUGGGAAGAUGACUAGGAUUCUCCCUGCCUUUUCCAGCUGUAAUGUAUCAUACAAGGGCAUACAAUGAAAAGUAUGAGAGAUUUGCCAUUAAAAUAAAUUGAAAUAUAAUGCAAACCAUAAAUACAACUGAGAAUGAUGUCGCUAUGUUGAACUUCAGUACUGUUUCAGUUUCUUCUAUAAAUAGGCAGCCCAAUCUCAUGACCUCAGCUUUUUUCUAGAUCAUCUCUAUGUCUCUCUAAAAACUCACAACAUUAAUCAUCCAUUUUACUAUUCACAACAGACUAAGCUCCAUUCCUUGAAUGCUUUUUGGGCUUAGUAGGCAUCAGUAAGGAGAAGUUAGUCUUUCACUGUAAAUAGCCUGGGAUAUCUCCCAGCUGCAAGUUGCAUGGCAUUGGUUAGGUAGUGUCUGCCUUGCAAAAAGAAAAUCUUUGUGACCUGAAUAAGUUUAUUUUUUCUAAAAAAGACUCUUCAGAGAAAUUUACCAAUGUGAAGUCCUAAAACACAAUAAUUCUUCAGCUUAACUCAAUUUACCACAUUUAAACUGUAUAAACUAUACAUAUUAUUGCUUCUAUGUGCCUUUUGGUCUAAGGAAAAUGAAGUUGUUCAAAUUCAACAUAUUCUGGUUUGAAAGAAAGAUUAUAUUUUCAGAACAGAUACCUUUCUGAAACUAAAUACACCAAGGAAAACCUUCUAUAUGCAGUCAAUUGCAUCAGAGAAUUUGAAUUCACCUCAUGGUAGAUGUAGUUAUAUGGUAGAGAUGAAGCAUAUUUCAUGGUAGAUAAAAUUGGAGUCAAAUUAACCCAAAUCACUCCCUAUUGCUUUCUCAAGAUUCAAAGCUCCAGCAGGUUCAUUUUAUUUACUUGACCAA